AUGGACAGAUUCGAGGCCAUUUACUCCAACACACCACCCGCCCCUCCACCGAAGCCGGGCAGCCACGAUGUCUCUCGGAUGAGCACGCCCAUAAAUACACAAUCACCCGGCCCAUCGCCGCUUCCAGACCAGCAACAACACUCAGACCUCCCAGAACCAGCAGGUGUUCCCGUAUCACAACAAGCACAAGUCGCACGACCACAGACAAUACCGGACCCUGGUGACCAAUGGCUGCCCCAGUUCCUUGAAGACAAGUCGAAACAAGACCUCGCCGAAAUCCUCUCCACAUCCUCCCUCCUCUCGGGGCUCACUCACGGCCCCUCGACGGCGCACCCCUCCCUGACGGCCAGCACCGAAGCGCUGUCGUCGUCCCUCUCGGCCAACAUCGACCUGGCAACGCACCUCCUCGCUGGAGCGCUGCUCCUCAGCACGCACGCGUCGGAGCGGCAGUGGCGCGCCAAGCAGAGCGAGAUGGACCACGCGCUGAGCCCGUUCGCGCCGGCGAGCCUGUACCAGCGGCUGGGCGCGGGCGUCGCCGAGCAGGGCCAGGUGUGCGCGGCGCUGGAGGAGAGCUUCCUCGAGGGCGAGGGCGAGGACGGCGCCGCCGCCACCGAGAGGGAGGCGCUCGACUGGGUCCGUCGCUACAGGGAGGCCAAGAAGCUGUACUACCUCCGCCAGGAGAGAAAGGAGAGGUGGGACGAGGGGAGGGUCGGCGGGUGGAGAUGA